AAUAGCCGCUAUCUGGUGUGGCUUGGUGCUAGGAGCUGCAUGGACCUUAUGUAUCAAUUUUAUUCGCCGUAUUUCCCGUACAAAUCUUCUGCUGAAGAUGUCCAGAAAUUCAGCCUUCCGGCCAUGUACGAUGCCGCCGCUACCCAUGCCGGACAUUACUUAGACUCGAGCCCUGCGGGUGAGAAGGACACGGAGCCGGAGAGAGACAGCCACCCGAAGGGUUCCCAGUACCUCAACCCCAACUGUCUCCUACUGACGUACUUCUCCGGGGAUAUUUCCGCGGUAGUUGACGAACACUUUUCCCGCGCUCUCAGUCAACCCAGCAGUUACACGCUGGACAGAAAUGGAACGAAAUCCUGUCCAAGAUCAGAAACUCCAUUGAUGUGUCAAAGAAAACUUCCGCCGUCAUUCUGGAACAGCGCAUAUCAACCGCAGCCAUCAGCUUCCGGUUCCGGUCAUGGCGGAUUUCCGCUCGGUGCUGACGCCUACUUCUCCACCUCACUGUACGGCUUUCACAAAACGUGGCCGUACUAUUCCUCACAGCCUGCAUACGGCCACCAGGGGGCGCCAGGUUUCUCGUACGCCGGUGUGGACACUGCUGCUAGUCGGUUGAACUCUCAUUACGGAUCUCUGAUGAUGCAGAAUUCGUCGCUAGGGGGCCGCAUGGACUCACGGCACUCUCAGUACGAGCUUGGCAAAAACACAGACGCUUUCCCCACCUCCUCCUACUACCCCAUGGGCAGGUUCGGGUCGGAGGUUUCGUCCACAGUGGGUGUAGACUCUGGGAUGACAGGUGCGCUAACAUUACAUUGAAAUGGCAUAGCGACAUUCAGUUGUGUGUUUGUGUGUGCGUCAUACCCCCUAUCGUCACGGGAAGCCAACUAACGCUAACGCCAUCUUUUCUUCAACUCGCGGCUGACCUUUCUGUCUCUUUCAUCGUCUGUUCACUCAAUGGAAUCGACAACACUGUGUUUUGUCAUUUGUUCCUCACAUGAUUCAGUCAACUUAAUACCAGUCUGUCUAUGAGAUUUACUUUAAGUAUAGACUAUCAGAUAUAGCUAAACAUAUAUAAAGUAAUUUAUCUUU